AGGAGACAGUGAGUUGUUUCAGACUAGGGAGAGUGGAGGAAGGAAAAAAAAAAAGUCGGUGUGAAAGAGAAAAUGGGAAACUAACUGAUAUACAGCGAAUGGCGAGCCUCGGGAGACCAGAUGACAUACUAACAGAAGGAUAAAACGUUGCCAAAAUCAUCAACUCGGCAGAAGAGAGUGCGUAUGUAACAGGGAGACGCAGAGUGCUGCUUUUCUGCCGUGUUUGGGAUUGUAUCAUUCGCUCCCGGGACAGACAGGAAAGCGCUGUUUCGGAACUCCGCUGCACCCGUCCCGUUUCGCUAGUGGAAGAAGUGGGCAACUUUCCAAACUCAGCGCUGUCGGAGCAUUUGGAGUGAUCGUGGAAAGAGAGAACUCAAUCCAGCCGGUGAUCGGACAGUAGGGAGCAACAACAGCGCUGAACAUUUGACCAAAAAUUACCUUUUGGAGAGGAGGGUGAGGGAGAGGCCGAGUCUCGCCACUUUUGAACUGACAACUUUAACCAGCUCGCUCUGUUAGGAGCAGAUAACUUUCACCAUGAAAACCCAAGGGGACUCGGGGUUUGCGUUCCCAGACUGGGCCUAUAAGCCGGAGUCCAGUCCUGGCUCCAGACAGAUCCAGCUGUGGCACUUCAUUCUGGAGCUGCUGAGAAAGGAGGAGUAUCAUGAUGUGAUUGCCUGGCAGGGGGACUACGGAGAGUUUGUGAUCAAAGACCCUGAUGAGGUGGCCAGGCUGUGGGGCGCCCGUAAGUGCAAACCUCAGAUGAACUACGACAAACUCAGCCGUGCUCUCAGGUAUUACUACAACAAGAGGAUUCUCCAUAAAACUAAAGGAAAACGCUUCACCUACAAGUUUAACUUCAACAAGCUGGUCCUGGUCAACUACCCUUUCAUUGACAUGGGUUCUGGAGGAGCAGCUGUUCCUCAGAGUGCUCCACCAGUGCCUACAGGUCCUCAUUUCCGGUUCCCUCCAUCCACCCCGUCAGACAUGCAGGUGUCUGAGGUGCUGCGGUCCCCUAGCAGCGAGGAGCUGCGCAGUCCUGGGAUGUUCAGCGGGAUGGGCCGUCGCAUAGCCCGUGGGUCUGUCUCCGACUGCAGUGAUGGGACAUCCGUCAACUCGGAGUUCGAAGAAGGCAACGGAGGAGCAACAGAGGAGAGAGUGACAGAAAGAGUGGCAGAGAGAGGAGGUGGAGGUUUUCGAGGUGCAGUUCAUCCUCGUUUGUCUCACGAGGCUAUGUUCAGGAUGUACGGUGGACAUGGAGGUCACAGAGGUCAUCGGGUGUCAGAGGUUGCCGGGCACAGGGUUCAUCCCGAGUCUCUCUCACCGUUUACUGGAGGGUCAGGUCUGUUGGCGCCGCCUCUCUCCCCGGCACUCUCGAUGACCCCAGGCUCUCACCUGCCCUACAGCCCCUCCCCUACUCUGUCGCCCAUGCCUGGCUCCAUCUUCUCUUUUAACCCUGAAGACAUGCAACGUUACCUGCAGGCUCACACCCAGAGUGUCUAUAAUUACCAUUUGAGCCCUCGUGCCUUCUUCCAUUACCCAAACAUCAUCGUUCCUCAGCCUCAGCACCCUGACAAAGCCAUGCCCGGGCCCCAGGCAUGUGAUCGUGGCCCAGCUGAUAGGCCCUCUGUGCUCAACAGCCACCACUCCAGCCUCCCCCCACCUCAUGCUCACCCAAUGCACCACCACCUGGGGGAGGACCAGCACCAUUCACCCUUCAAGUUCAAGCUCCAGCCUCCUCCACUGGGCCGAAAGCAGCGCGAAGGACAGGGGGGUCAAGGUCAGGGUAGGCAGGGGACACUGUCUUCCACAUCUACAUCUGGACUGGGCUCCUCGUUGUCGUUCGGCAGUGACCUUAGUUCAGCUGGCGGAUCGGGAUUGGUGUCCAACUCCUCCUCGACUGGCUCGCUAAACAGCGCUGGGCUGCCUAAGAUUAAGGUUGAACCCAUAUCUGACAUUGAAUCAGAAGAGGAAGUUGAAGUGACUGACAUCAGUGAUGAGGAAGCUGAUGAGAGAGAUGAAGAGUUUAAAGUUUUUCCAUCUCUCUAUCAUAAACACCAUCAUCAUCAUCACCACCAUAAUCACUAUACGCACAACCAAAAGCACCAUCAUCCCAAUGGCACUGAUGCCCCUCUCCACCCUGAUGAGGACUUAGAGGAGGAGGUAUUCAAAGCUCCCGCCCCUCCGCCGUUCUUCAUCCCUGCCACCUCUUCCUCAGGUGAUGGCCGCCGGGGUAACACUGUUGUGAAGAGCGAACCUGUAGAGCCUGCAGACACGCAGUUGCUGCCUGCUGGGCUGCCGCAAAUACACUCCCAGUGUAUCCCACUGAAGCUCCGGUUCAAACGCCGUUGGGACCUGGACCAGCACAUGGAAGAGGCAGAAGAUAAGAAAGUGAGAGGAGUAGAGAGGGAGAGAGAGAGGAAUGGAGACGUGGAAGAGAGUGGGAGUGGAGAGGCAGAGAGCCCACCUCCUCUUGCUCAUCACAGAGUGGGUGCCGAGCUGCACCGAGCCACGGCACAGCUGUCACUGGAGAACAAGGACUGCUGAUAAACAAAUACAUAAACACAUUUACAUGACUGCUGAUACACAACACUCUAUACAACUGCUGAUGGGCCCACACUCACAUGUUACUCUUUAGAGUUCAAUGACUGCUGAUACUGACAAAAACAGCAUUCUAUACUGACAAAUACACUUAAAGACUGUUUACUCAAAAAUCUAAAUUCUGACAUCAUUUACUUGCCCUCAUGUUGUUCCAAACCUGUAUGACAUUCUUCCUUCCGUGAAACACAAAAGCUGUUAGGCAGAAUCCUAUACAAUUAAAGUCACUAAGGCUAACAUUUUGCCUAACAUCUCGCUUUGUGUUUCCAAGGAAUUAAGAAAGUCAUACAGGUUUGAAACAACAUAAGGGUGAGUAAAUGGAGACAGACUUUUCAUUUUUGGGUGAAUUAACCCUUUAAAACUUGCUACACAUUUAGACUGACUGACCCUUGCUUAAUCUAAUCCCUGUUCCCCAUGCUCCCCUCCUUCCUCUGUCGCCCUGUGUGCCUCAGUCAACUCUUACUGAGGGGCUUGCCAACACACGUUCCAGUGCAUCUCAGUAUGACCAUGAUUCACCCAUGUGCCCCAACGACCCUCAGGAGUCAUGAACUUUGACCUUUGGCACUAGAGAAUGUUAUAUUUUUUUUAAAAGAGAUUUUAUUUUGCAAAGUGCCUGUGAGCUAUCCCCCAAAACCCCAGAGCAGAGAGAAAGAAAUGAGUGGAAGGACUCCAGUGGGUUGACUAGUCUGGUUUGAGGGGUUUGAUCUUUGUUCUUAGCAAUUCCCAGCAUUAUAUUCCUCAGUGACAGACUAUCAAUUUAUGAUGUGGUGUUAUUCAAAUGCAAAGAGAGUCACAAACAGACACUGUUCUAAAACCAGCCUGGUCAGAAUUCAGAACGCUCAGGGACAAACUCCCCAACACACACACACACACACACAUAUGCAUACACACAGAUUAUCCCUUGUUCCUUAUAUGAAGCCUGAACAGAUAGUUGAAUCCGUGUUUCACAAAUAAUUUUUUGUGCAGAAAACGUGUAUGAUUGCUGAGUGUGAAUGAACGUGUGUUUUGGAAAUCUAGCUGUGUGUACGUUCUCAGGAUAUCUCCCUCCUCUCCUAUCUACCAAACUAUCUAAACCUUCAAACUCUCUCUCAAAUUGUGUCUUCUUUCACUCUCACUUUUUUCUUUGGGACCAUUCCUGAAUCACUUUCAUUCCAUUCAGGUGUCAAGGUUUUGGAUGAAAUGACUUGAGCAUAACACACAGUUCAGAGACCAUACUCUCAAAUCUCUUAAACAGCUAGUUCCUUAAUCGUUAAGUCUUUUAACCAAAUGACUGAAAGCGAUACACAUGAGGGAGUUUAUUACAAGAUUCCCUUGUAUAGUCAGUCAUUUAGUGCAAACUAAACCAGCAUCACACACAAGCACAUGCGCAAAUCUUGUACAGUAAUACUAGAUUCACCAAGACUCAAUAUUCAACCAUUUUGGCACUUGAUGAUGCAUUAAGAAUAUAUUUUGUUUUACCCUUGAGGAGAACCAAGUGCUGGUUUUGGGUCCUGAUUUAUCAUCCAGUUUUUCAGGCCAUGUCCACUCUAAUAAAGUAUGUUUAGAACUGCAUUUUCUCCACCAGUGCUCUCGAAAGCUCUCCGUUACUGCGUACUUUGGAAAACAAAAACUGAAAACAGAGUUUUCAAAAGAAAAUUGAUUAGUGUGGACGUGGCCAUAUUGCGUAUUGCAACAGCAAGUCUAGCACUGGAUCUCGAUGCGAUCUGAUUGUGGAGGAAAGUAAAAUAAUAGGCAUCAAUAGAUUGAAAUAGGGUAAAAUCCCUAAUAUCAAACUUUGAAAUGCUAAUUUAAGUAGAGAAGGACUGUAGAAGGCAUGUGGCCAGAAGUCUCUCUCUCACACACACGCACUCACACACAAGCCUCUUCUGCCUUGUUUUACUAGCAUGUCUAAAAAGGUUAAAGGAAAAACAAAUAUCUUUAAAAAAAGAACAGUAUACACUCUAUACCUUUAUAUAUUAUGUGUUAAACGCACUGUAAGUAAGUCAGCUAGAAAGAGUCAAAAACAUUGAGGAGAUCGACACUGUUGCCAGUUUUGUUAACAAUAAACAGUGCAAUUCUGUCCAAUCUAUUGUUUGGACAGAAUUGUUAAAAGCAUAGCAUUAACAAAUAUAUUAAGGGGGUUUUAUAACAUAUUUUGUUUCGAGGGGAAAUUGACAGGUCUCCUCACGGAAAAUGUUGCCGUUUGGGUAAGGGAGGAAAUUGUUGCUUUUUUAACCAGGUAAAUGUCAUGUAGGGUAGAGUGAAAGACAGAUUUGUACACAAAACUCUAAUAAAGCACGAGAGCUUUGUACCAAGGAUAUUGUGGCACAUUCGGUUCUUUAACCAGCAUGCACCUCCUCAACAUCCUGUUCUUACUGCCACAACUGAUGUGUGUGUGCGUGCGUGUGUGUGUUUUUGACAGAGGCAUGAAUAUCAGCCCACCCCAAAGGCUUUAAUUGAUUUGAAAUCUUGCAUCAAGAGCCUCAUGAACCUGUGUGCACUAAAGCCUUGUGGAGGGAAAAGUUUAGCACAGGUCACAUCUCUUGUCUCUGAUACCUAAAACGAUAGAUUGGACAGAAUUGCACUGUUUAUUGUUAACAAAACUGGCAACAGUGUCGAUCUCCUCAGUGUUUUUGACUCUUUCUAGCUGACUUACUACCCCUUAAACCAGAAUUGAUUAUGUUUAAGGUGUUCACCUACAACUUCACUGCUUUUUGGAUGAAUCCAGUCUUUACUUAAAGGGAUAGUUCACCCAAAAUGAAAAUUCUGUCAUCAUUUACUCAUGAGGAACACAUAAGAACCAAUGUCAUAUGGGUCUGGAACUACAUGCAGAUUAGCAUUUAUGACAGAAUAUUCAUUUUAGGGUGUACUAUACCUUUAAUAUGCACCUGUUUAAUGCCCUGGCAUACCUUGUAAUAUGAGAGGUGGUGUUAAAUUAGAGAUAGAGUGUAUGUCUAUAUAUGCUCGGGACAAAGUGUAUGCAUCCUUUUUCUUCAGGAGGGAAGAUAUUCGUUUUAGUCCUUAGGCUGCUCCCAUUGGUUAUUUCAGAAUCCCAGCAACAAGUCAGAUUAUGUUUUGCUGAGUUAUGUUUUUUCUCUCAACCUGUUUAUCUGCUUUUUGAUGUCAGUGUUGCUGCUCAUCAGAAUUAUUAGUAGAAAAUCAUUAUUAUUUUGUUUAAUUUUUCUUCCUUGCAUUGUAAUCAUUAUAACAUUGUAUACAUUACUGUAAGAAAUCCUUUGAAGAAUGUCCCACCCUGCCUUCCCAGUGAGCAACCCCAACAUUGUGAUUAGUGUAACAUUUAAACAUUUGUAAAUUAACGUAAAACUGUAACUUUAAUAUGGGUGUUUGUUGUGGAAAGAUAUUGGAUGGAGGACAGGCAUUUAGGGGAGGAUUGGGGUUAUGAUUUGAACUGAAGUCAUGUUAUUGUUAUUUUGUAGUGUUACUGAUUUCUUGCUCUUGUAAAAAAAAAUGUCAUUGGGGGAUUGUAUGAUUUUAAAAGAUAUAUUGUGUAUUGUUUUAUUGUGUAUAAGUCUCUAUCUCUCUCUCACUUCCUUUCUUUCCCCAAAUGUUAUUUCUGUGGUUCCAUAACUCAUAAUAACAGGUUUUAAUACCAUGAUGUAAUAUUUUAAUUCCUCCUUUAUUCAUUUUUGUGUUCUUUUUUCAGAAUAGUAAUUAAAAUGUAAUCAGGGUCGAUUAAACUGGUUUAAAUGC